CGCAGGCUGAUGGCGUCAUUUCCCGUAGACACCGGAAGUCGGAAGUCGGAGCCGGUCCCGACUGCUUGCUCCAGUUCCUAGAUGCAAGGGUCUCCGGGGCGCAUAGACUCCCCAAUGCCGAGCCCACGACUGCUGGUCCUCUUCGGCAGCCAGACGGGCACGGCCCAGGAUGUGUCUGAGAGGCUGGGCCGCGAGGCCCAGCGCCGGCAUCUCGAGUGCCGGGUGCAGGCGCUGGAUUCCUACCCUGUGGCGAACCUGAUUAAUGAACCCCUGGUGAUAUUUGUUUGUGCGACCACAGGCCAAGGAGACCCCCCCGACAACAUGAAGGGCUUCUGGAGGUUCAUAUUCCGGAAGAACCUGCCGGCAACCUCCCUCUGCCAGAUGGACUUCGCUGUCCUGGGCCUUGGGGACUCCUCUUAUGCCAAGUUCAACUUUGUGGCCAAGAAGCUGCACCGCCGGCUGCUGCAGCUCGGGGGCGCCGCCCUCCUGCCCGUGUGUCUGGGCGACGACCAGCAUGAGCUGGGGCCCGACGCCGCCAUCGACCCCUGGCUGCACGACCUGUGGGAGAAGGUGCUGGGGCUGCACCCCAUGCCUCCUGGCCUCGGCGUGAUCCCUCCUGGAGUCCCUUUGCCGUCCAGCUUCACCCUGCAGUUCCUCCGGGAGGCCCCCAGGCUGUGCUCUGCAGAGCAGCACGUGGCCGGAGUGGACCCUCUGAGUCCCCCUUCAGAGCUGCAGCCCUUCCUGGCACCCAUGCUCACCAACCAGAGGGUCACGGGCCCCUCGCACUUCCAGGAUGUUCGUCUCAUCGAGUUCGACAUCACGGGCUCAGGGAUCAGCUUUGUGGCCGGCGACGUGGUCCUGAUCCAGCCUGAGAACACAGUCAGACACGUCCAGCACUUCUGCCAGGUGCUGGGCCUGGACCCCGACCAGUGCUUCACGCUGCAGCCUCGGGAGCCAGAUUCCCCGUGUCCUGAGAGGCUGCCCCAGCCCUGCUCCCUGCGGCACCUCGUGUCCAAGUACCUGGACAUCGCCGGCGUGCCGAGACGCUCCUUCUUUGAGCUCCUGGCCUGCCUGUCCCCCCACGAGUUGGAGCGGGAGAAGCUGCUGGAGUUCAGCUCCGCCUCGGGCCAGGAGGCCCUGCACGAGUACUGCAGUCGGCCCCGCAGGACCAUCCUGGAGGUGCUCUGUGAUUUCCCCCACACGGCGGCCGCCAUCCCCCCAGACUAUCUGCUGGACCUCAUCCCCCCGAUCCGGCCGCGUGCUUUCUCCAUCGCCUCCUCUGUGCUGGCUCACCCCGCGAGGCUGCAGAUCCUCGUGGCUGUGGUGCAGUACCAAACUCGCCUCAAGGAGCCCCGCCGGGGCCUCUGCUCCUCCUGGCUGGCGUCUCUGGACCCUGGGCAAGGCCCUGUCCAAGUGCCCCUGUGGGUGCGGCCGGGGGGCCUGGCCUUCCCGCAGACCCCAGACACACCUGUGAUAAUGGUGGGGCCCGGCACCGGUGUGGCCCCUUUCCGCGCAGCCGUCCAGGAGCGAGUGGCCCGGGGUCAGAGGGGGAACCUCUUGUUCUUUGGCUGCCGCCUACGGGACCAGGACUUCUACUGGGAGGCCGAGUGGACAGAGCUGGAGAAGAGGGGCUGCCUGACCCUGGUCACAGCCUUCUCCCGGGAGCAGGUGGGCGUGUGCAGAGGGCGGGGCAGGGUUGGGGCUGGGGCGGGGCCCAGACUCACGCCGCCUGCCCUGCAGGAGCAGAAGGUGUAUGUGCAGCACAGGCUGCGUGAGCGAGGGCCGCUGGUAUGGGAGCUGCUGGACCGCCGCGGCGCCUGCUUCUACCUGGCAGGCAACGCCAAGUACAUGCCGGCAGACGUGUCCGAAGCCCUGAUGUCCAUCUUCCAGGAGGAGGGCGGGCUCUCGGGCCCUGACGCGGCCACCUACCUGGCCCGGCUGCAGCGCACCCUGCGCUUCCAGACCGAGACCUGGGCCUGAGGAGCCGCCGGCCCCGAGGGCCCCAGCCUGCUGCCCUGUCAGACUCCGUCCAGUGGGAGGGAGGCCAUCCCCCCUGCACAGCUGCAGGCCUCUGGGGCCCCCUCUCAGCCCCAGCCCUACUGCUGCCCGGUCCUCUGGCUCCAGCUGGCCUUUCUCCACUGGCCCCAACUCAGGUCCUGCUUGAGGUGGUGACCCAGGAAGGCACUGGCAGCCCAAUGGGCCUCAGAGAGCUUCCCUAACCACCAGCUUCCAUACAGUGUAGGGGUCCAGGGUGCAGGGUUCCUGGCAGGGCUGAGUGUCCCCUCCUCUGCCCUGGGCGACAGUGGGUUCCCAGUCAUCCUGUCACACAUGUGCCACUCCAGCCACCAAGCACCCCCAGUGCCCCUUGGGGCCCAGGUGAAGGCAGGGAGGCCCUGGCCAGCACAUGCCACCCUCACCUGGUUCCAGGGAGUCUCGGCAAUAAAUGGCGGGUGCAGGGCA